UUUUACGAAGAAGUGUCGAAAUAUCCAACAAACAGUUGCUUUGGAAAUAUUGAAAAGUUUGGGAAAGGAAUACUACAUCUUUUGAAACUCUUCUGGUUAAAGAAUUCGUUCUCAGAAAGCUACAUGAUUCGAUCGCUAGGACUGCAACUGCAGGCAUUCGACUAUGCCGCCCACACAGAUGAUGUUGGUAUCGAGUGGCGCAAGUGGCUACGGUCAUUCGAAACCAUGAUUCGAGCCAGCCGCAUUGAAGACGAAGAUUGGAAAAAAGAUUUGCUGCUUCAUCAUGCUGGUCCAAGUGUUCAACAACUCUUUGACACUCUGCCGGAGCCAGCCGGAAUUGAAAUGCGUGGACCCUUGCUGAACAUCGAGCAUUACACCCCAAACAUGUCCAGCUAUGAGGAAGCCAAAGUACGGCUGAAUGAGUUCUUUCUACCAAAAGAAAACUCUACUUACGAGCGCCACUUACUACGGCAAAUGAAGCAGAAGUCCGGUGAAAAUAUCGAUGCGUUCAUGAUCAGAUUGCGAGUACAGGCAGAACGAUGCGGGUUUGAAGACCGGAUGGAGGAGAACAUUAAGGAUCAAAUUAUUCAAAACUGUGAAUCAGCAGCUUUACGAAGGGAUUUAUUGAAAAGAGGUGAUGCAAGCCUGGAGGAGGUGCUAAGUGUGGCAAAGAUUUUUGAGACGGUCGCCCAACAAGAGAAAUCAUUUGCCCCCGGCUCGGCCGUUGCUGAGAUUCCUAAGCCAGCAGUAAGUGAGGUCAACAAAAUUGACGAAAGUGCUUAUAAUGCACCCAAGCGCAAACGAUUUGCUGUGGCGGCACAAAUUGAAUGUCAUCGUUGCGGGUACAAUGGACAUUUGGCAAGAGAUGCCGUAUGUCCCGCAAGAGGCAACAAGUGCAAUAAGUGUGGAGGCAAAGAUCACUUUGCCAAGAAAUGCCGUACGAACAAGCAGUUAGGUAGAGUAGGUGGCAACUAUCGGAUUGGAUAUCAAAGGAACAUUAAUCGCGACAAAAAUCCUGCCAAAGAGAAUAUCAACGGUGAUGAUUCGAAUACGGUGAAGCACAUUGAGGACGAGUCCACAGAAUACGUUUUCCAUGUGACUACAUCGGACAGUAACGGCGAGCUGCAAUGUGAAAUUGGGGGAGUUGUUAUAACUGCGGUGAUCGAUUCCGGAUCUAAGUUCAACCUGCUGAGCCAGGCAGAUUGGGAAAAAUUGAAGAGCAACAAGGUGGUCGUGUCAAAUCAACGUCAGGAGACAACGAAAGUAUUUAAGGCCUACGGCGGCCAACCGUUGCCAGUGCUCGGCGUAUUUAGUGCGAAGGUUAAGAUCGGAAGCGCCAUAAAACUGGCAGAGUUUUAUGUAAUGAAAGGACAUGGAAAGAUUUUGAUCGGCCGCGACACUGCAACAUCUAUGGGAGUUUUGCAGAUUAACGUACCCGUCAACGAAGUUGAAACGGAUGCAGAAUCCAUCAAAUUGGGAACCAUUAAAGGAAUUAUCGUUGAUAUCCCUAUAAAGGCUAACGCUACACCGGUUAUUCAACCAUAUCGGCGUAUACCACUGGCGUUGGAGAAGAAGGUUGAUAUGAAAAUCGACGAGCUUCACGCACAAGGCGUCAUCGAGCCAGUCAACGAGCCAGCCAAGUGGAUUUCCCCAGUAGUGGUGGUUCCAAAAGGAGCAGAUGACGUUCGUAUUUGCAUCGAUAUGAGGCGAGCCAACGAAGCGGUGGAAAGGGAGAAUCAUCCCCUGCCGACCAUCGAGGACUUUCUACCACAUUUGUCUAGGGCAAAGGUUUUCUCUCGUCUGGACGUGAAAUCUGCCUUCCACCAGGUGGAAAUAUCUGAAAAAUCACGAGAAAUCACGACUUUCAUUACUCGCAGAGGGUUAUUCCGAUACACCCGCCUAAUGUUCGGAAUCAACUGCGCGCCAGAACUGUUUCAAAAGUCAAUGGAACAGGUUCUGAGUGGAUGCGACGGAUGUUUCAACUUCAUUGAUGAUGUCCUGGUGUUUGGAUCAGACCAAAAAGAACAUGACCUGCGUUUAGAAAACGUACUUCUCAGACUGAAGGAAAGGAACGUGGCACUAAAUGAAACCAAGUGCAUUUAUGGAGUCACCGAGACAGAUUUCCUUGGUCAUGUUUUGUCAAAGGAUGGAAUCAAGCCUGGUUUGGAUAAGAUGGAAUCGAUCCGAAAUUUUCGUGAACCAAGAACUGUUGAAGAGAUCAGAAGUUUUCUCGGUCUGGUCAAUUACGUAGGGAGAUUCAUUCCUAAUUUGGCCACACUGACCUUUCCAUUGCGACGACUUACGAUUCUGGGGCAGAAAUUUGUCUGGGGCCGUGAGCAACAGUUAGCAUUCGAUAAAUUGAAAGAGAGCAUGAUGGAUUCAAAGACACUAGGUUACUUCAACGAUGGUGAUCGGACACAACUUGUAGCUGACGCCAGCCCAGUAGGUUUGGGGGCCGUGCUAAUCCAAGUGAAUGAUCAGGGACCCAGAGUAAUUGCUUACGCAAGCAAGAGCUUAUCCGAGGUAGAAAAACGAUACGCUCAAAUUGAGAAAGAGGCUCUAGCACUCGUAUGGGCAGUGGAGCGGUUCCAUUUCUAUUUGUACGGCCGAACUUUUGAACUGAUUACGGACCAUAAGCCCUUAGAGACCAUAUUUGGCGCUCGGUCCAAACCAUGUGCAAGGAUUGAACGGUGGGUUGUUCGGCUGCAGGCUUACAAAGCGAAAGUCGUCUACAGGCCUGGAAAAUCAAACAUUGCUGAUCCACUAUCAAGAUUGGCGAUCACAUCGAAUACAACGGGAGUGACAUUUGAUGAAUGUGUGGAACAUUAUGUCCACUGGGUAGCUUCUAAUGCAAUGCCAGUCGCUCUAAAGUUGACAGAAAUAGAACAAGCAUCAGAGUCUGAUAAAUCGAUCCAAUCAGUUCGUGUUGCUUUGGACCGAGGAGAGUGGUCGGAAGACUUGUCUUCUUUCAAACUUUUCGCAACGGAACUGUGCUUUGCUGGAAAGAUUCUGUUGCGUGGGAAUAGAAUAGUGAUUCCAGAACAGUUAAGGAGGCAGACGUUGGAUCUAGCACAUGAAGGACAUCCGGGAAUGACGAUCAUGAAACAAAGAUUGCGAGCGAAGGUGUGGUGGCCGAAAUUGGAUACAGAAGUCGAACAGUACGUGAAAAAUUGUCGAGGAUGCAUGUUGGUUACAGCACCGUCUGCACCAGAACCGAUGAAGCGUCGAGAACUACCAUCAGGCCCAUGGCAACACUUGGCUGUUGAUUUUCUUGGACCACUGCCAUCGGGCCACCACUUAUUUGUGGUGGUUGAUUAUUACAGCCGGUACAUAGAGAUCGAGAUAAUGAAGAAGAUUGAUUCCAAAGAGACCAUUCAUCGAUUAGAACCAAUGUUGGCCCGUUUCGGAUUGCCAUUGUCCAUUACAGCUGAUAAUGGCCCCCAGUUUGCCAGCGAGGAGUUCCGAGUAUACUGUGAAUCGAACAACAUCAAAUUGAUCAACACUACCCCAUACUGGCCGCAACAAAAUGGUGAGGUAGAACGACAGAAUCGUUCUAUCUUGAAAAGGCUGACUAUUAGUCAAGCAGUGAAUUCUGAUUGGGUUGAGGAGUUGAAUAAAUACUUGCUCAUGUACCGUUCUUCUCCUCAUUCUACUACCAAGAAGACGCCAGCGGAAUUAUUGUUUGGCCAUAACAUUCGGGAUAAGCUUCCUUGCAUUUAUCAACCCAAAGAAGUCGAUGAAGAAGUGAUUGAUCGGGACAAGGAAAUGAAGGAGAAGGGAAAGCAGUAUGCAGAUGAGCGGCGAAAUGCCAAACCGAAUCCUAUCGCGGAUGGUGAUGAUGUUUUAGUGAAGAAAAUGACUAAACCAAACAAGUUGUCAACUACUUUCGGUGCAGAACCAUUCAAAGUUGUGAAGAGAAAGGGCGGAGAUGUAGUUGUAACUUCAGAAUCGGGAGUCAAAUAUCGUCGACACGUCUCUCAUCUGCAACGAAUUCCGCAACCUGUGGAGAUGACAUCAACAUCGAAAUUGAAGCAAGAUACAAUUAACAUUACCGGCACAACCAGCAGUAAAGUUGAAAAGCAAGCUGUAAAUUCGUCGAUGAAACGUGGAACUAAACGAGUUGUCCGGCAACCAGCUUACAUGCAGGAAUACGUACGCUGA